AUGCAAGCAUCAAAAUUGGAAAGCAAUGGCAACUUACAGGCUGUCACCAUACAAGAUCUUUGCGGCACCACCGUCGACAAGGCAGACGCCUUGAGACUACGUUCACACGACAGUGUUGAAGCAUUUAAUGGAGAUCAACUCAUGCCAAAGUGUACGUUUGUUCUCCAGGCUCUAAAGACCAACCAAGGCUUCCUUAUUCAGUUUGAUGAAUAUUUUAUCCUUGAAGAUGCGACAGGCCCACAGCGAGCAGCUAACACCGCGGACAACAUCACCGAAAUCAUUCCCAGCCACUGUAAUAGUUCCUUCUUCCAAAUAUGGGAGGGUGAUGACGUCACGGAUGACGUAGAGCCCAUAGUGACCGCAUGCGGUACGGUGGUGCCGGAUGUUGUGGUCGAGUCCCGGACCCAGUUCGUCACAUUGCGGUUGACAGUGCACCCGACGGCUAGGGUGAACAUCACGGUGUUGGCAACGUCCUUUGAUACAGGACCUUGCACCGACGAAGUGACUGAGUUAAGAUGUCGUAAUGGGCGAUGCGUCCCGAUGACUUUGAGGUGUGACAAUGCCGAUAAUUGCGGCGACAAUACCGACCAACUCGUCUCAGCACCGGCCAACUGUACCCUCGCGACAAUAAAGGGCACCGUUGACUUUCCGUCAGAAAUUCUACUGGGUAGCUUGGCAGCCAUUCUCGUUGCCUUUGGUCUGUACUGGCUGUUCUGGCGUCCAGGCUAUGUGAUAUGGCGACUAGCUUGCUGUCGAAACCUAGCCCGCUGUUGUUGCCACCGCUGCAGCUGCAGAAAGACCACAUUCUGCUGUCAUCCAAUCAAGUGUUUUGGCGGGAGUUGUCAUGGUAACGUUGAGGAUGAGAAGAAGAGUCAGCAAAGUAGUAAGUCAUUGGCAGACGACAGUUCGAAAGAACCCGGACCACUUACGAGGUCUGACGGUAAGAGGGGCAGGAUAGAGAAUGUUUCAACCCGGGGUGAGCGAAAGGCGUGUAUCUUCUGUCCGUGUGGACGUGGGGGAGGGAGACAGGAUCUCAAGGAUUCGGGAGAACAUGACAGACGGGAGGGUGGUGGAUGGAAAGGCCAAGAGGUUAACGAAAAUAUGUAUGACAACGGUGGGGAUGGAGGCCAUGUAAGGGAGUGCAGAUAA